CCGUGCACCUAACCUAAAACAAGCAGUCGCGUGCCGACCGCCAAAGACGGCGGACGUGUUUUGUUUUAUUUAAAAAAUACCUCGUGGACUGACCGCGUGCAUCACAAAGUUAUAAUUAUGGCCCGCCUAUCUCAACUCACAGCGGUGAUAGCUGUGGUUAUAUCCAUAUCAUCUAGCAGUAUCGUCACAUCACCAAACAAGAAGGAUGGCACCUUCGAGCUGCUGAUCCUGCACAAUAACGACAUGCACGCGCAUUUCGAGCAAUCCUCCCAGCUCAGUGGGGCAUGCACAACCGCUGACAGGGACGCUGGAAAGUGCUAUGGAGGAUUCCCGAGAGUUGCUCAUGUAGUAAAAGAGGCUAGAAAGGCAGCAGCCUCCGGCGAAGGUCCGCCCGUAUUAUAUCUCAAUGCUGGUGACACUUACACGGGAACCGCUUGGUUCACGAUAUACAAAUGGAAGAUUGCUGCAGAAUUCCUAAACGCAUUACAACCUGAUGCCGUUUCUCUCGGCAAUAACGAAUUUGACGAGGAAAAUAAAAGCAUUUCACAUUUCCUUCAAAAUUUGGAUUCAAUCAUAAUUGCUACAAAUGUCAUAGUAAAUGUACCAGAGGCUCAAAACAAAAUAAAGAAAUCAUCUAUUAUUAAUAUUGAUGGGACUCUAGUUGGUAUUGUUGGAUAUCUUACACCCGAGUCUUCAGUUUUAGACAGCGAAGGAAAAAUAGAAUACAUAGACGAAGUUUUGGCACUAACAGAAGAAGUAACAAAGCUGAAAAAAGAAAACGUUAAAAUUAUUAUAGCUUUAGGUUAUUCUACGUCAAAAAAUAUUGAAAUAGCUCAAGAAGUAGACGGAAUUGAUUUGAUUAUAGUUGGAAAUCAAAACAAGUACCUAACAAAUGGAACUGUAUUGAAUGAUGGUAUAGAAGAUACUGAAAAUUUAAGAAUUGUGUUACAAAGUUCCGGCAAACGUGUCCCUAUCAUUAAAUCGUAUGCUUAUUCGAAGUACUUGGGAAAGAUAAAUCUAGCAUUUGAUAAUCAUGGAGAGCUAUUCCACUUUAAUGUAGAUUAUCUUCUUCUUGAUAAUUCAAUUCCACAAGAUUAUGAGGCCUUACGUAUGACCAACAACGUAGAAAAAGAUUUAGCAUUCAACUCGAUGAUUCUUGGGCAGACAGCAGUUGUACUCGAUGGAACUUCCUGUAAAAGUGAAGAAUGUAAUCUCGCUAAUUUACUCACUGACGCUAUAAUACAAUAUUAUGCCAGUAGAUUUGAAGGCGAGCGUUGGACUGACGCGCCAAUUGCUAUUAUCCAUGGUGGCGCUUUAACCGGUAGGAUUGCUCCUGAGAAAAGACCCGGUGAUAUAACAAGAAGUGAUUUAUAUUCUGUUAUAACUUCGUCCAGCAAUUUAGUAGCCGUUACAAUGAACGGAAAAAUAUUGAACGAAGCUCUUGAACAUUCAGUUUACAGUUACACAACUGCAGGUUCCGAAGGAUUUCUACAGUUUUCUGGUGUAAGAGUAACAUACGAUUUUAAUAAAGACCCAGGGUCGAGGAUUAUUAAUGCCGUAGCUCGUUGUUGGAAUUGUGCUAUUCCUGAAUUUUACGAAAUUGAAGAUAACAGAGACUAUAAAGUUAUAAUGCCUUCUUCGUUAGCUAAUGGAGAAUUGGGUUAUUCCAUGUUUACAAACCUACCAAGAGUAAAUCUUAAUUAUGAUGAAUUUACUUGUGUUACGGAAUUUAUGUCAACAAGAAGUCCGGUGUACCCAGAAAUAGCUGAUCGCAUAAAUCUACUGAACACUGAUACAUCUCUUGGAAACCAUGAAUUCGAUAAUGGAAUAGCUGGUUUGUUGCCGUUUAUUGCCAACUUGACUUGUCCUAAUCUUGCUGCAAAUCUCGUCCUCGAUGAAGAACCGGAAUUAAUGGCCGAACCAAAAUUGAGAAAUUCUGUAGUUUUUGAUGUGAAUGGUGUAAAAGUAGGAGUAGUAGGAUACUUAACACCAGAUACACAAUUUCUUGCAGUAAGAAAUAAAGUCAAAUAUAUAAGUGAAGUCACUGCAAUUAAAAAUGAAGUUAAGAAACUACAAAGCGAAGGAGUUAAAAUAUUAAUUGCAUUGGGACAUUCAGGUUUUACAAAGGAUUUAGAAAUAGCAAAAGAAGUAGAUGGUAUAGAUUUAGUCAUUGGAGGUCACACAAAUACUUUUUUAUGGAAUGGACCACCUCCCGAUUCCGAAGUUCCUAUUGGGCCUUACCCAAAAAUAGUUAAACAAAAUUCUGGACGAAACGUUCCUGUCGUACAAGCAUACGCAUAUACUAAAUACUUAGGUUACUUGCGUUUGAUAUUUAAUUCGGAAGGUGAAAUCAUAAACAUUCGGGAUACUAAUCCAGUUUUGUUAAAUAACAAUAUUCCUCAGGACCCGGAAGUUUUGUCCAUCGUAAAUAAAUAUCGCGGCGAAGUAAUGAAAGUUUCUGAAGUAAUCGUAGGUAGCACUCUAGUUUUUUUGGAUGGACAAACAUGUCGAUUAAGAGAAUGUAAUAUGGGUAAUUUAAUCACUGAUGCUAUAGUACGUAAGUAUGCGUCGGAAUAUACGGGCGUAGGUUGGACUGACACUCCAAUAGCAGUUUUACAAGGAGGUGGAAUACGAGCAUCUAUAAAUAAUAUUAAUAAAAUAAGUAAUAUAACUAUAGGUGACCUACUUACCGUGAUGCCGUUUGAUGACAGAGUUGUAAAGGUCACAAUGAACGGUUCAGACAUACGUAAAAUGUUGGAGCAUUCAGUUUCUCAAUAUAAUCUUAUUCGCGCUCCAGGCCAAUUUCUACAAGUUUCUGGUAUGCGUGUAGAAUAUGACUUAAAAAAGAAACCUGGCCAAAGACUCUUAAAAGCUCUUACCUUAUGUGGUAAUUGCAAAAUACCAAUUUUUGCACCAUUGAAUGACAGUGCUUCUUAUAAUAUACUCAUAAAUGGAUUUUUGUCAAUGGGUGGUGAUGGUUACAUAUCUCUUGGAAAUCACGAGUUCGAUCAUGGAGUCAGCGGAUUAACACCAUUUAUAGAAAAUUUAACAUCUCCAGUGUUAGCUGCAAAUCUCGUGCUCACUAAAGUACCCGAAUUAGAGGCUGAAUCCAAUUUAAGAAAAUCUAUUGUGUUUAACAUAUCUGGAACACCUAUUGGAGUUAUCGGUUACCUAACACCUGAGACAAAAAAAUUAGCUGUAAAAAAUAAUGUCGAAUAUAUAGACGAAAUAAUCGCAUUGAAAAAAGAAGUGGAAAAUCUAAAAAAUGAAGGUGUAAAUAUAAUUAUAGCUUUAGGACAUUCUGGAUAUUUAAAAGAUAUUGAAAUCGCAAAAACAGUAGAUGGUCUGAAUCUAGUCAUUGGAGGACAUACGAAUACUUUUCUCUGGAAUGGUACAAGUCCAGAUUCUGAGAAAAUAAUAGGUCCAUACCCCACAUACGUCACACAAGCUUCAGGAAAACAAGUACCUGUAGUUCAAGCUUAUGCUUAUACUAAAUACCUCGGUAAACUUCACAUGGUGUUUAACAACAACGGAGAACUUCUAAGCGCAGACGGCAAUCCAAUUCUAUUGGAUAAUUCCAUCCCUCAAGAUCCAGAAGUUUUGGAAAUAAUAAAUCGCUACAGGAAAAAAGUUCUAAAUUUAACAGAGGAAGUGAUCGGUACUACCUUAGUUGUUCUAGAUGGCCAUAGUUGUCAACACAAAGAAUGCAAUCUUGGUAAUUUAAUUGCCGAUGCCAUGAUUUAUAAGUACGUUACAGAAUAUAGAGGAGAAUAUUGGAGUGAUACGCCCGUAGCUAUUAUCCAAGGUGGCGGCAUAAGAUCUGCAAUCGCGGUUAGAGAAAUACCGACUGCAAUCACUAAAGGAGAUUUAAUAGCAGUUCUACCAUUUGAAGGAGUAUUGGUAGUUGUAACAAUGAAUGGUACUAUACUAAUGAAGAUGUUAGAGCACUCUUCGCUGGGAAACCAUGAGUUCGAUGAAGCUGUGGAUGGAGUUAUACCAUUUAUAAGAAAUUUAACUUCACCGGUAUUAGCUGCUAAUCUCAUUUUAGACGAAGAACCAGAUCUAAAGGCUGAAACAAAUCUAUAUAAAUCUAUUAUUUUAAGUAAGAACAAUGUAAAAAUUGGGAUUAUCGGUUACUUAACACCUGAAACAAAGUUUCUUGCUCCAAGAAAUAAAGUUAAUUAUGAAGAUGAAAUACCAGCAGUUAGGAGAGAAGUUCAGAAGUUAAAGCAAAAUGAUGUUAAUAUAAUUAUUGCUCUUGGUCAUUCUGGUUUCAUAAAGGAUUUGGAGAUUGCAAGUGAAGUUGAAGACAUUGAUAUUGUGAUAGGUGGACACUCGAACACAUUUUUAUCAAAUGUGAACACAACGGAAAUUCCCGAAUUUCCUCAGGGACCGUAUCCGACUAUUGUAAUGCAAAAAUCGGGAAGAAAGGUCCUAGUGGUGCAAGCGUACGCUUAUACUAAAUACAUGGGUAGCUUAUAUCUAACGUUUAAUGAAAAUGGUGACAUUAUAAAUUACGAAGGUAAUCCAAUUUUAUUGAAUAAUGCAAUACCACAGGACCCAGAUGUUUUAAAUAUAGUGAAGAAAUACCAUAGUGAAAUUGACCGUAUAAACAAUGUUGUUGUCGGAAGCUCUUUUACAUACCUGGAUGGAGAGAGUUGUAGAUUGUAUGAAUGUAACUUAGGAAACUUUUUAUGCGACGUUAUGAUUAACUACACGAAACAUUACCACGCUGAAUUUUCUCAAGUGAAUAUUGCUCUUAUUCAAGGUGGGAGGAUAAGAACGUCGAUAGACCAACCAAAGAAACCAUUCAAUUUAACAAGAGGCGAUUGGAUUACAGUCAUACCUUUUUCUGAUACACUCUGUAUAGUCCAUAUGAAUGGCAGCGUAUUAAUGAAAGCUCUAGAACAUUCGGUAGAUUCAUGGAGAAAAAUUGACGCAACGGGACAAUUUUUGCAAAUGUCCGGUGUAGAAGUAAUGUAUGAUUUAAAUAAGCUACCAGGAUCUCGCGUCAUUCAAGCAAAAGCUAUUUGUAGUGAUUGCAAUAGAUUCACAAACAUAGAAGAUAACUUACAAUACCAAAUAAUUAUGUCAGAAUUUUUAGCAGAUGGAGGAGACGGUUAUUUUAUGUUUGAAGGAUUAGAAAAAGAAAUUGUUUCAUACAACGAAGUUAGUUGCGCACUUGAUUAUUUGAGCAAGUUUAGUCCAAUCAAUCCCAAAGUAUCAGGACGUAUUAAAUUAUUAAAUGAAGACAAGAUUAUCAACAUUCCAGGUUUUAUAGAUGUCAACAUUGGGUCGCCAAACACUCUCUUACCUUCUGGGACAGAGAAAAGGCGAUUAGAUUUAGUAUUGGUUAUAACAAUAAUAUUGUGCAUUGUAUCUUCAUAGAGACUCUUGUUUUUCCAUAGAAACACUCAAUACUAAAAGAAGAUUUAAUGCCAUUAAAUGGAUCCAAAUUAAAUGAAGCUUGCAGAUCUCUUUGAUAAAAUUAAAAUAGCAUAAGUACCUACAAACAAAUCAGAACUAACAAAUAAAAGGAUCUUUCAGACUGGCAGAACACCUAACACUGAUCGGACUUGUCCGUACAGAAAAACGAUCAGGAAACAGGAUACAAAUUGCAUCUAGCUCAUAAUAGACAGACCGGAUGCUUUGUGUCAUUCAUGAGUCUCAUAUACUCUUCUAUUUUGAUUGUGUCAAAGCAUUUAGUUGUAAAAAAUGUGAUUAUCUAGUUUAUAUCGAAAGACAAAGAUACAAAGUAUCAUAUAAACAAAUAAAAUUAUAAAUAUAUAGAUAUAACAUACGUAUACCUACUAUUGUCAUACCUCAAUAAAGUACGUAUUUUUUAUUAUUUAGAAUAUAAAUCUUGUGUGUAACUUGCAAUGUGUAAUUUCUGCCGAACAUUGUUCCGCUAAGAAAAAUGUAUAUUAAAAGUUAUGUAAAUUCGCUUUUAGAUUAAAAUAUAAAUAUAGAGUAUAUAAAGAAAACACUAUAAUUACUACUAAUUGAAUAUUUUAUUAGUAUAUGUUGAAUUACAUUCGACUAUAUAUACUUCGACUAUACUUAUAUCUAACAAGCUAAGUAACCAGUAAAAUAAUAUAAUUUUUGGCAUAUUCCUUAUACAUGUAACAUACAGAUUUCUUCAAGAAAUUCAUAAUUUCUUCCCAAUAUUUCCGAAGAGUAUAAGCAUUAGUUUCUUGUUUACGAUUUUAAAUAUUAAUAAAACCUUACAGGAAGUA